AGGCCUCAUAUUUGCUUCAUUGUGGUGGAGAUUCCAUGGAGUUGUCAUAAGUAUCUUGUUGUGAGACUACUACCUGGCUGCUAUGUGGAUGUCUACCUAUGAUGUGACAUACUCUCCUGCAUCCCUUUAUAUAGCAGGUCAGCGUCUCAACUGAAAAUUAUGCAUACAUUGUCAACACUCAGUACAGUGAAAGUAUUAUAAGUGGCAGAAAUAGUGUAAGCAAUAUUGAUCACAUUGUCAUAAAUACAUUAUGAGUAAGUGUACUUGCAUCAUGCAGCUCACAUCGUUAUUCUGACAUUUAUGUCCACACAGCAUCUGCUGGAUAUAAGUUCACUUACUGAAAUACUGCUGUUCUUAUAUUAGUAUAGUACUGUUCUUGCAUUAUCACCAUCCAUCACACUAAAGUUUAUUAACUUAUUCUAUAAAUAUUUAGUUGCUUUAUUAUAUGAUUGCAGUAUUAAGUCUUAAUAAAGUGUUGAUUUAUUCUUUAGUAAUAUUUAACUAUAUUAUAUUUUCAAAAAAUCUGUUACAUUUUUAAUCACUAGAAGUAAUAACAUAUUUAGUUGUCUUUGUUAUUUUAUGUAACCGAUGUUGCUGAAUUUAUUACUUAUAUCACUCAGGAAUUUUAUUUCUUGACUGUGACCAGGAAAUUUUAAUUCAUCCUCUAUAUUACUUUCUUUAUUUCAGAUAUUUAAUCUUCACACAGUUCUUACAUCUUACUUGUAGUCUUAUAGCUGCCUCCAUUAUCUUAUUAAUCAUUUGAAAAAACAGUUUUUGCUAAUCAUAUAUUCUGAAAGUAUUUCAGUAUUAUCUUUUACUAUCAUUAUCAUAAUACAUGUUUGCCUGUCUCCAUAAUAUUUUAUUUUUAAAUGUUGACACUCAUGUUGAUGCUGUGUGCUGUUGUUGAUGUGUUCACUCACGUUGAUGCUAUGUGCUGUUGUUGAUGUGUUCACUCAUGUUGGUGCUAUGUGCUGUUGUUGAUGUGUUCACUCAUGUUGGUGCUAUGUGCUGUUGUUGAUGUGUUCACUGUUCUUGAUGCUAUGUGCUGUUGUUGAUGUGUUCACUCACGUUGAUGCUAUGUGCUGUUGUUGAUGUGUUCACUCUUCUUGAUGCUAUGUGCUGUUGUUGAUGUGUUCACUCUUCUUGAUGCUAUGUGCUGUUGUUGAUGUGUUCACUCUUCUUGAUGCUAUGUGCUGUUGUUGAUGUGUUCACUCAUGUUGAUGUUCUAUGCUGUAGUUAAUCAUAACAGAGACAAUAUUUUGAUGACUGUUUAGUCUUUAUGUAGGAAAGUUGAAAAAUCACAAAUCUAAUUUAUAAAUUAUUUCAUUGAAUUAUUUCUAGACAUCUGCCACUAUAUUGUUCUUGCCAGAUGUAAUUUGAACUUGCACCUUAUAACCUCUCAUGCUCAAUGUAAGUCAGAAAAUUAUUUUAUUUAAAGAUUAAAAUAAUUAUAUAUUUUUAGUUUAUUUUACUUUAAGUUUAUUUUUACUUUUAAAUUUAUUUAUAAAUAUAUAUUCUACAAAGAAGAAGAAAUACUGAGAGAGUAAUGUUGCCAGUGUCUCUCAGUGAUCUUUCUCAUAAAUAUUCUACCAUUUAAAAUUUCAAAAUGUACAUUAUAUAAGAGGCCAUUGUGCAAAAAUACAAUAUCGGAAUUAACCCUUUCAUUGUCUCCACGUCAAUCUUUGUUAUUGAUGUCAGUGUCACAUAGAUCUGCGUUUUAAGUACAGCAGCCUCACAUAUGAUUUUAGUGGUAAUUUAUAGCUUAGACAUGAGAGAAUGCAUCUGAACUGUGCGUGAUUUUGGAAAAGCAAACUUCUGAUCCUGUGUUUUGGUUUAAAAUAGCAAUUUUCUGGUGAAUUUCUAGGGUUAUUUUUAUGGUUUUAUUUUGCUGUUUAUUGGUGUUAAUUGAUAGAAGAGAAGACUUACUAGUGAGAGAGAGAGAGAGAGAUGAUGAUUUUGUUUAGUUUGAAACUAAAAGUAGUUAGAAAUAGGGCUCAAAAAUGGCAGAAAUGUUGGAAUUUUGGCAAUUUUCCUAAGGAAGGAUAGGACCCUUGAUAGUCCUUUUGUGUGUUUUAUACAUUUUCCCUGAGUCUGCUUCAAUUUUUGGGAUGGCUUAAAAUGCAUCCAAUCAUUUUUGGUUAUAUUUUACCAAUCAAGGGAAUAUGGAGUUAUAUAGGAGAAGCCUGGGGACAUAAUUAAUGACCUAAGGCAAGGUUGCUUUAGUAGCUGGAAUACCUUCACUGUUCUUCAUCAUCACUAAUCUGUUCUCCUUUAUUAUUGUCCAUCCACUAUCUUCACUACAAAAUACAAAUGCAAAUACAAAAGUUUAUUAUUUGCAGAGGUUAUAAUGUGUGAUUACAUUUCAUAAUUUGAUUGGUACAAAGAAAGCCACUAUCAUGUCAGGGCAUUUCGGGCAGACUUAGCCUAAUACUUACAGAACACUUAAGUCUAGACAGGUAAAUAGUGGCAAAUUUCAAAUAUUAUUUAUUUUACUCUCUUACUAAUAUGAGGUAGUAAAAAAAAAAAAAAAUUUAGUUAAUAAGCUUUAUGGUCCAACUAAUAUUAUAACAAACCUGUUCAUCAUUUUCCUCUCUAGUUCAUUCUCAUCAUCAUUACUCUCUCCUCAACUAGCAGUAAAACUCUGCUACCUAGCAUAAUCACCUCACAGCUAUCACUGUUCUAAUAUCUGUGUUUUUGAAGCAGUCCUUUUCAACCUGAAGAGAGUUUAUGACACACUGUGGAGGCUUUAUGUUGUUUGCUCUCUCCAGACUUUGGGAUUACAGGGUUGUCAGUUCUGGUUUCUCCAGCAAUUUCUGACUAACAGACUGAGAUGUAUGCCAGAGUUACCCAGCGUUUGUUAUAGACUCUGUUUUUAAACUAGAUUUUGAAUUUGUAAUAAAAGUCAAAUUAUCUUCUGAUACUUAAAUAGCUGGUUUCUUGUACUCAUUCAAUAGAACAGAAGGUAUAGUAUUGGCUAGCAAUUGUGUUGGGUUAAACAAUGAAAUAGGCUGAAAUUGGAUGUAUAGUAAGCAAAAUUGUUGUUGUAUAAGUUUUCCAUCAAAUGUUGCUUUUAAUUUUUGGGUCAUAACAGUGAAAAGGUUGAGUGCCUAAAUGACUUUCAAGACAAAAAAAUAAGAUGCAGUGCAUGAGAGUUCCUUUAAGGAAACAGACAUAUCAGUGUUCUGAAUGUCUAAAAGACUUCUUGCAGAGAUCACAUCUAAUACAACACAUAAGAGUUCAUACACAAGAAAAACCAUAUCAUUGUUCUGAAUGUUUAAAAGGUUUUUCACAGAAAUCACAUCUAAUACAACACAUGAGAGUUCAUACACAAGAAAAACCAUAUAAGUGUUCUGAGUGUCUAAAAGAUUUUUCACAGAGAUCACAUCUAAUACAACACAUGAGAAUUCAUACACAAGAAAAACCAUAUCAGUGUUCAGAAUGUCUAAAAGACUUUUCACGGAAAUCAAACCUAAUAGAACACAUGAGAAUUCAUUUAAAAGAAAAACCAUAUCAUUGUUCAGAAUGUCUAAAAGGCUUUUCACAGAGAACAACCCUAAUACAACACAUGAGAGUUCAUUCACAAGAAAAACCAUAUCACUGUUCAGAAUGUCAAAAAGAAUUCUCACAGAGAUCAUAUCUAACACGACACAUGAGUAUUCACUCACAAGAAAAACCACAUCAGUGUUCGCAAUGUCUGAAAGGCUUUACACGGAAAUCAUCCCUAAUACGACACAUGGGAGUUCAUUCAGCAAAAACGUAUCAGUGUUCUGAAUGUCUAAAAGACUUUUCACAGAGAUCAUAUCUAAUACAACACAUGAAAGUUCAUAAACAAGAAAAACCAUUUCAGUGUUCUGAAUGUCUAAAAGACUUUUCUCAGAGAUCAUAUCUAAUACGACACUUGAAAUAUCAUUCACCAAAAAAACCGUAUCAGUGUUCUGAAUGUCUAAAAGACUAUUCCCAGAGAUCACAUCUAAUACGACACAUGAAAGUUCAUACACAAGAAAAACCAUUUCAUUGUUCUGAGUGUCUAAAAGACUUUUCACUAAGAUCACAGCUAAUACAACACAUGAAAGUUCAUACUCAAGAAAAACCAUUUAAGUGUUCUGAAUGUCUAAAAGACUUUUCACGUAAAUCAAAUAUAAUACAGCACAUGAGAGUUCAUGCACAAGAAAAACCCUAUCAGUGUUCUGAAUGUCUAAAAGACUUUAAACAAAAAUCGCAACUUAUACAACACAUGAAAGUUCAUUCAUGAGAAAAACUAUUUGUGUUCUGAAUGUCUAAAAGACUUAUCACAUAAAUCAGAUCUAAUACAACACAUUAUAGUUCACUCAUCAGAGAAUUCCUUUUAAAGAGGGUUGCCAUGAUUCAGGCAAAUUUGAGUAACCCCUCACUUUCCUUGGAUCAAAUAUGAUUACCCUACACCCCUUGCAUUUUCCGUGUUGUAUGACCCAUAUUGGUUUAACAUUUGCUCUUGAAUAUAAAAAAUAAUCAUGAGAGAAACUAUAAUAUAAAAUUUUUGAGUUUCAGUAGACCCUUAUAUGUAUUACACUGUAGUUACAUUCCUGAAAACGCUGUGUUAGAUUAAUCCGUGUUAUAUAAACUGAAGAACUUAAAGGGAAAAUAGGGUUACGUUCCUGGGACCCUGCUAAUAGCUUAACAGCUUUUUUUUAAGAUGUCCAGAUCUUACAAAAAUAAAAAUAAUGCUGUUUUUGUUGCUUAACCCCUUGACUGUCGCAACCCCCAAUCCUGAGGUGUCUCCUGGUGUCGCAAAAUUUAAAAAAAAAAAAAAAAAAAAUUUCUUAUGAAAUGAUAGAGAAUCUUUUCCUGAUUGUAAUGACACCAAAAAAACGAAAUUUGAUGGAAAACUGACGGGAUUACGCUCUCGCGAAGUUAGCGCUCUUGGCGAUAUUUACAAAUCGGCAAUUUCGCCCACUUUGAGCCCAUUGUUCCAGUCGACCAAACUCAUAGCUAUUUCUUUAGAACUCCAUUUUUUCUAUCGAUUGAGUACAAGAAACUGCCCAUUUACCGAUUUCAACUACCCAAUAACAUGGUCAGAAAUUUGCAAUUUGGCCAAUUUCACGAAAAUUAAAAAAUAUGACAAUUUCAAAAUAUGGACCAGAAUGAACAAUGCAGACAUUCCUGGCUCUAAAAUAACAUUUUCUUUGUUCAUCAAUCAUGUUUCCAGGCCCCUGUGAUAUUACUCUUGCUUUCUAUUUUGAAUUUUUAUUCAAACAAAAAAUAGAAGAUAUACUGUUAAGCAGACUACUGCAAUACUGUAAUAAUUAUAUAAAUAACAUCAACCCAUUCUAGACUGCAUAUUAGAAUGGCUAGUUGGAUAUUUAUUGGAAAAUGACAUCAUUUGUUUACUUUUGAACAUGGGCAAAAAUCAAACAUUUCCCAUUCUUUGAGCUCCAUUUCCAGGUUCUUUUUAUAGUAAAAUCAAUCAAAAUCACCUCUAUUUCUAUAAUAUAUUUUCCAUUCUAUCAAAUGAGACCAAGAAAACGAGAAUACAACCAUAAAUACUAUAUGAAAAUAGACCACAAAGUCGGCAUUUUAAUUAAAAAAACGGUCGGAGUUUUUUUUUUCUUAUUAUGCAAUGCAUGCUCCAAGAUUUUUUUUAUAUGGUGCACACUGACCACACAGACCCAUUUUCUCACAUGUGGGCCUACCAGCUUUCUGCUUGAUUUGAAGCCGCUAGAAUUUAUGAGUAUAUAUACGUCAAACACGGUACCUCGUAAGACGUAUAUAUACAGCCGCGACAGUCAAAGGGUUAAGACUAUAUAUGCAACAGAAAUAAUACAGCCUCUUCUCACUUAGCGACGUACUCGUUUACCGAUGCCUCGGACUUAGGAGUAUUCAUACCUGAUUUCCUCAAUUCUGUUUAUUUCAGUAUGCAGUACACUACUGUAUAAACAUUUAAAAAUAUACCAGAAAUGUUAUAAAUGGUGCAAAGGUGACAUUAACCCAUAAACGGUCCAAGCAGAUCUAUGUUCACAUGCGUAGUGCUCCAAAAGUAGAUCUACGUUUUUUUUUACAUAUUUUCAAAUAUAACAAAAAAAAUGUAGAUUGAAGUUUUUUACACGUUUUCAAAUGUAAAAAAAAAAAAGAAGAUCUGCUUUUUACAUACUUUCAAAUAUUGAAAAAAAACAUAUACAGUAGGGCCCCACUUAUACGGCGGGUUAGGUUCCAGGCUGUCGCCGGAAAGCAGACAUCGCCGGAAGGCAGAACUCCAUUUUUUCCAUUUAUAAAUGCAUAUAGAUGCCAGACAACAAGUUUACACUAAAUUAUAUUAAGUUAGUAAUAGAACUAGGCAUUAAAAAAACACAAAGUAAAAUACAGUCACAGUAAAUUCAUUACUUAUCUUAAAGUAUUUGUAAUCUUAAUGUAGGGAGAGAGGUGAGUAGUACUUAUUUGUAGAAAGUCAGGUGCAGGUAGCCCAGGUGUAGGUAGCACUGGCUCCCCGUCUCAUACUUAAUAUACGAUAUUUAAAACAUCCCAGAGAGGUAAGAUGCACAUACUGUACACUCAUUAUUUACCUUAAAAUAUGUGUAGUCUUAAUAUAGGAAGAGAGGUGAGUAGUAUUUAUUUGUAGGAAGUCAGUGUAGGUAGCCGGUAGGUGUAGCCUGCCUGGGCUACACCUACCGGCUACCUACACUGUGGCCCAGAGCCAUAUUAUUAGCAUCGACAUGCCUUGUUCACUGAAUUUAAUCAUUUCUAACAACUACCUUUAGAUGCCAUCAUAAACGAAGGUAGAAGUAAUGAAUAAUUCAUGCCGAAAAUUGUAAACAAAAGCGGAGUGAGGGAGCGGCUGAGCCAAACACAGAUUCAUAAACGUUUUCUCUGAUGGCUGAACAGAGAAAACGUAAUGUUGUCCCUCCACCCGGCUACCACACAGCUCCAUAAGUAUUAUUAUCAGAGCAUAUAAAAUAUGCAAUAAAUGCCAGACAACAAGUUUACACUAACUUAUAUUAAGUUAGCAAUAAAAAUAGGCAUUAAAAACGAUAAAAGGUAAGAUACACACAGAGUUCACUUAUUACUUACCUUAAAAUAUUAAUAUUAGUGUGUGAGAGGUAAGUGGCAGGGUGUUUAUUGAAUAAAAUCAGAAUGGCACACCAUCAUCCUCUAACUUGGCACUUAAAGCAAGAGGCUUACGACUUCUCUUUUUAUCACAGCUAACCUUAGACGUCAUCGUCAAUGAGAGCCAACUAGUUAGCGAAAGAGUAAACGAGAGAGAGAACAAAAUACAGAGUUGAGACAAUGGAAGAACACAAACUGAACAGGUAGUGGACGAUUACUUGGUCAGGCGAAAUAAAUGCGUAUUAAUAUGUGUCUACUUUUAGUUCAUUCACGUCCAUUUGUAAGAGUUUGUAAAACAUUUACC